UUCUCAUACUCCACAUUAAUUACAACCCUCUCUCUAUAUAAUACUACAUAUAUAUGUUCUUUUGUCUCGUUCUCUGUCAUCAAUCGCUGCCUUUGCUCAGAAAAUGGAAUUAAUGGUUUUGAAUCAAUUGGAACAGAGCGUUUAGGGUUUCACCCACUGCUUUCAACCCCCACAAGCCAAUUGAGAAUAAUGCCAACAAAGCCCAAAAAUGAAGAUCGGCAGUUAGAAAGUGGAGGACAGAGCAUUCCACGAUCGACAUUCUAUUACCAACCUUGGUGGCAUGGCGUUGGAAACAAUGCAAUGUCUUCUCCAGUGGAAAACCUUAAUGGUUCUGUUACAAAUGGAGCUAUCCAAUCACAAGCUAAUGGCGAUGGUAUGAACAAAGAAGCACAAAAUACCGUAGCUCCACAAUCUGGAUUAAAUGGAAAUGGUGGGCGAGAACAGCAGCAUCUCAAGCAUGUUGCGUCUUCAACACCACAAACAAUAGGCGAGCACCUUGAACCAAAUUCCCAAAUGGAACUCGUUGGUCACUCAAUUGUAUUGACAUCAUAUCCAUAUUCAGAUCCACAUUAUGGGGGAAUGAUGGCUUAUGGUGCACAGGUACAUCCUCAUUUACUAGGAGUCCAUCAGAGUAGAAUGCCUUUACCCCUUGACAUGGAAGAAGAACCUGUUUAUGUUAAUGCAAAGCAGUAUCAUGGAAUUUUGAGGCGAAGGCAGUCACGAGCUAAGGCAGAGAUGGAAAAGAAAGUAACAAAAGCUAGGAAGCCGUAUCUUCAUGAGUCUCGGCACCAACAUGCUUUGAGAAGAGCAAGGGGUUGUGGAGGCCGUUUUCUUAAUACAAAAAAGAUCAACAAUGGCACAUCCGAAGAGGAGCCAAAAUCUAGCACAACUGUCUUAACACAAUCUGCCAACUCUGAUCACGUGCCCACCAACUUUGGUGGCAAUUCUCAUCAGCCAGUAGAGGAGUCCAUGGUUCAUAAAGCACACACUUUUCCAAAUGGCAACAAUAGCAGCCACGGUUUGUCAACGAUGUACCAUUCACAGUCUGCAGUCGCUGAGGGGGGAGGAGACUGUUCUAAUCAGGAGAGAGGGAGUGUGCUGGUGAAUCAGGCCCCACAUAGGGCUACUCCCAUCAAAUGAGAAACCCAACUUUGCAGGAUCGCGGGCCACUCUAGUGUUGUCUCAUGUUUGAUACUGAUUUUUAAGCACCCUGGUGAUCAAUAUUUCCAGUAACUUUUCAAACAGGAAGAGGUGUCUCGUGCAGGCAAGACUGGAGGUAUUGGCCCAUCCUACCUUAAGACAAAGUUCCCUGCUCUGUGGCUAUUCUCAGGCAAUUCAUUCUUGGCUGUAGUAACUCGUGUUUGUUGGGAUGAGGUAAGGAAGAUGGACGUGGUGCGUGUCGUACUGUUUUCAGUCUGCUGUUAUUUCCAUAUCUCUACCAGUCAUCCAUUCUGUAAAUUAAGAAAAAUUAAACUUUAAAAGUGGGAAUAGUUGUGAAUUUGUAAGCUUAAAACAACCAAAAGUGUGAAAGGUUUCGUAUGUUUGAAGACCUUUUUGUUUGGUACAAGGAUUUAUCAAAUUAGUCCUUCUGUGUUUCAUACUUUCUUAA